AUGGCGGACAACGGCGGCGUAGACCCUGUGAAUAACAACAAUAAUAAAAAUACCGCUUCGGAGGGGACAAUAAUCAAAGUCACAGUCAAAACCCCGAAGGAUAAGGAGGAAAUUGCCAUCUCGGAGGAUGCCUCAGUCACACAGUUCAAGGAGGAGAUCUCCAGGAGGUUCAAGGCCAAGCAGGAUCAGCUGGUGCUGAUCUUCGCCGGGAAGAUCCUGAAGGACGGGGACACGCUCAGCCAGCACGGCAUCAAGGACGGCCUGACGGUCCACCUGGUCAUCAAGACCGCACACAAAGCAGCAGAUGGCGCCGGCUCGCAGGCUUCCGCCUCGUCCAGCUCGGGCGGCCCCCAGGUCAGCAGCAGCAGCACCGCCAGCCCUGCCAGCCCCAGCCCGGCCGUCGCCUCCUCCCCCGCCGGGCCCAACAGCAGCGGGUCCACAGGGGCCCCCACACAGCCAGCCAACCUACUGACGGGCUUCGGUGACCUCUCCAGCCUGGCGGGCCUGGGCAUGGGCUCGGCCAACUUCAUGGAGCUGCAGCAGCAGAUGCAGCGGCAGCUGAUGUCCAACCCGGAAAUGCUGUCCCAGAUCAUGGAGAACCCUCUGGUCCAGAACAUGAUGUCCAACCCGGACCUGAUGCGCCAGAUGAUCGUGGCCAACCCCCAGAUGCAGCAGCUGAUGGAGAGGAACCCCGAAAUCUCGCACAUGCUCAAUAACCCUGAGCUCAUGAGACAGACCAUGGAGCUGGCGAGGAACCCCGCCAUGAUGCAGGAGAUGAUGCGUAACCAGGACCGGGCGCUUAGCAACCUGGAGAGCAUCCCGGGGGGCUACAACGCCCUGCGGAGGAUGUACACGGACAUCCAGGAGCCCAUGUUCAGCGCCGCCCGCGAGCAGUUUGGUAACAACCCCUUCUCCGCGCUGGGCGGGAACUCUGACGGCUCUGGCGUGCAGCCCUCCAGGACGGAGAACCGGGAGCCCCUGCCCAACCCCUGGGGCACCCCCGGCACGGGCGCCGCCUCGGAGGGGGGGGGCGGGACGGGCGCCUCCACCACCACCACCACCUCCGGCCAGAGCGGGACCACGCCCAGCGUCUCCAACCCGCUGGGCAUCAACGCCGCCGGCCUGGGCAACGGCAUGUUCAGCAGUCCCGGGAUGCAGUCCCUCCUGCAGCAGAUCUCGGAGAACCCGCAGCUGAUGCAGAACAUGCUGUCCGCGCCCUACAUGCGCAACAUGAUGCAGUCGCUGGCGCAGAACCCGGACAUCGCCUCGCAGGUUAUGAUGAAUAACCCCCUGUUUGCUGGGAACCCCCAGCUGCAGGAGCAGUUCCGGCUGCAGCUGCCCGUCUUUCUGCAGCAGAUGCAGAACCCGGAGGCGCUGUCGGUGAUGACGAACCCGCGGGCCAUGCAGGCGCUGCUGCAGAUCCAGCAGGGGCUCCAGACGCUACAGACCGAGGCCCCGGGGCUCAUGCCCAGCCUGGCGCCUGGCGGAAUCCCCACAGCCCCCCUGCCCACAGGAGUGGGCGUGGCCCCAGAAGCCCCUACGCCCGCUGGCACUGGAGGCCCCGCCCCCGCCCCCGCCCCCGCCUCCGGGACAAGCCCCGCCCAGCAGCAGCUCAUGCAGCAGAUGCUACAGAUGUUCGCUGGAGGCGGAGCUUCGACCCAGACCCCGGAGGUGCGGUUCCAGCAGCAGCUGGAGCAGCUGAGCGCCAUGGGCUUCAUCAACCGCGAGGCCAACCUGCAGGCCCUCAUCGCCACGGGGGGCGACAUCAACGCCGCCAUCGAGAGACUGCUGGGCUCCCAGCCCUCUUAAGCCGCGCGCCCCCGGGGGGGGGCGGGGGCAGGGGGGGCGGCGGCGGG